AUGGGUCGCCGCCCCGCUCGCUGUUACCGUUACUGCAAGAACAAGCCAUACCCCAAAUCCCGCUACAACCGUGGUGUGCCUGAUUCCAAGAUUCGUAUUUUCGAUCUUGGGCGCAAGCGCGCUUCGGUUGACGAGUUCCCCUUCUGUUGCCACCUUGUCUCGGAUGAGUAUGAGCAAUUGUCGAGUGAAGCAUUAGAAGCGGCGCGCAUUUGCGCCAACAAGUAUGUUACCAAGACGUCAGGCAAGGAUUCGUUCCACUUGAGAGUCCGAGUGCACCCUUUCCACGUAAUCCGCAUUAACAAGAUGUUGUCAUGUGCGGGGGCUGAUCGCCUGCAAACUGGUAUGCGCGGUGCUUGGGGGAAGCCAUACGGUACUGUCGCUCGUGUCAACAUUGGCCAGAUUAUUUUGUCCGUCCGUUGCAAAGACCAGAAUGCAGCUGUCGUCCAAGAGGCACUCCGCCGGGCCAGAUACAAGUUUCCUGGUCGCCAGAAGAUCAUCGUUUCGCGCAAGUGGGGUUUUACCAACGUAAACCGUGAGGACUAUGUAAAGUUGAAGGAGGAGAAGCGUGUAUUGCAGGAUGGCGCAUACGUCCAGUAUAUUCGUCCUAGGGGCAACCUGGAGAAGAAUCUCCGGGCUCAGCUCCGUGCGUGA